AUGUUUUGUCCAGACAAGGAAAACGAGAGUGACGACGGGCGAAAACAUCAAGAUGUGCCUGGGAAGAAGCGAUCGCCGGGAUCCCUGCGCUACCCGCUGGGAAGAUUGCCGUCGUCGUCUGGCAACAGCGAGAUUCCAGCUUCUGUCCGCCAAAAACCCACUGGGACAUCAGCAGCGGCGGGGCCAAGGGGAGGCGCGCCAAAGGGCCAAAGCCAGAGCCAAAGCCAAGGCCAGGGCCAGGGCCAGAGGGGCGGCGGUGGCGGCGGCGGCGGCAGCAGCACCCGUGUGCUUCCGAAAUCGUUCAGGGGACCACACUCCGCUGGCGGAGCAGCUGCCAACUCGGGGCGGACCUCGCUGGCGCCACUGAUGCCCCUAUCGCGGCCGCGGGGCCCGCUGUCCGUCGCUUCUUCGUCUCCCCUGCUGCUGAGUUCGAGCGCGCCACGACUGCAGCACCUGCAACAGAGGCCACAGCAGCAACAGCACCAAACUCAUCUCAAGCAGCAGGGGCAUCAAGUGGAGCAGCGAGGGCGUCCAUCUCUGCUGGAGGAGCAGAAGAGUCUUACGGCACUGCGCAGUCAGCCAAGCACACCGAGUCGCGCACCUCGAGCGAGCAGCAAGGGCCGUUUUUAUCAGCUGAUAAGCGCGCAGGAAAGAGACAGCAGGAGCAAGGGCACAGACGAGGACAGCGACAGCGACAGGGAACAGAUGGGCUCGCCGUCCAACAAAACAGCAAAAGACACGUCUAUGAGUAGGUCGAGGACGCGCUCGUCGUCGUCGUCGUCGGUAUCCUCAGCUGCAGUAGCCACAGCCACAGUCACAGCAGUAGCAGCAGCCGCAGCAAAAGCAACAGCAACAGCAGCAGCAAUGGCACGACCAUCGCCUGGCCUGCUCGUCCGGGCGACGCUAUCGACAUCGACAAGACGGGAGCGCAAGGACAGUGGCGGUGGCGGUCCAAGCGUCAUCUCGGGCCCCUUUGAUGUGAGGCUACCCGCUGCAGACAAGAUCGGCCCGCUCAGGCCCCUCAACGGCGCGGUUCUGCCCGAUGCUGCUCCCACAACAACAGAAAUGACGGCCCAGGCCGUCGCGGCCAAGCUCAUCGCCACACCGCGCAGGACGACGGCCGCCGAGCGAGAGCGCGAGCGCGAGCGCCCAUACCCGCCCUCGUCCAGCCAGCGCUUCCACGGCCUCUCGCUCUCGCGCCACCCAAGCAUGGAGCCGUCAGAGCGGGCGCAGCAUCAUCAUCCGUACAGCUACGGAAACACAAACAGCAGCAGCAUCGACGCCAGCUCAGACCGGCCCCUGAGCCCGCGGCUGCCCGGCCCUCCGAGCGAGGAGAACGAGGGCGAGCAGCCGGUGCGCAUGUCAAAGGCCAGCAAGGCCUCGUCCUUCUUCAGCCUCAUGUCGACGUCCAGCCUCGUCUCUGAGGCGCACGAGGACAAGACAAAUGCAGCAGUAGCAGUAGCAGCAGUAGUCAGCAGCGGCGGUGGCAGUAGCGGGGCGUACGGCGGCGGAGGUGGUGGUGGAAGCGGCAGUGGCAGCAGCAGCAACAACAGGACAGCCAGGCAUCCAUCCUCGUCCUCUGGUCUCUCGUUCAAGGACAAGCUCAAGUCAGCAGUAAGAUCAGUCAGGCGUCCGCAUUCCAAGCGGUCGCUAUCGUCGCUAUCGGCCUCAUCGACUAUUGACGCGCAGCACUACGCAACCUUGGGCAGCAGCAGCAGUAGCCCGGCAUGCAAGACCGGCGGCGAACCGUCGCCACUGUCGCUGUCGCCAUCGAGCCCACGACGGGCCAUCGACAUUGGCAGCAGGCACCCCUCGCCGCUGUAUCAUCACGGCGAAGGCCCCUUUGAAGGCCACCAACAGCGCGCAUCGAAUGUGUCUGAACACACGACACCGUUGGGGCAGACACCCCAGCUGAGGAGACCCAAGACUGCGCCGUCGCUCAAGCUGCAUUCAGUGCAGGACACGGCGACGCAUGUACCCGUCGAGACUGGGCCAAAACAAAGGCGAGCAUCGAAGAGCCAGCACCCUUCGCCCCUUCUUCACGGUCACAGAGCAGCAGACGAAGGACAGCCUGCUCAGUCGUUUGCUGGCGACGGAGCCAGCCUCGUCAGGAUCACAGCCAGCGAGCUGGCGAGGAUGCGAGAGAGGCCCGACGGCCGUCCGAAUGCCCCCUCGUCCUCAACAGAGCUCGACGCUGCCAAGAGCCAAGCGGGUGCGAACACCACCGCUGCCAGGCCCCGCCCUGCGCAGGCCAGACGACAAGCGCCGCGGACCACAACGACGCCACCGACGUUUUCGAUCCUGCAGGAUCUGCCCGUGGCCGAGGUGCUGCAGCAGGACGUGGCCUCGUCGCCGCUGCGGCCACACACCAGCGAUGCGCCCACCGCACCGCGCUUCCACACCACGCCACCGGCCGACCAGCGCCGGCCAAAGACGAGCGGUGAGCCAACCUCGCAUGCGUUGCUCCAGGUCGACGCACCCCUUCGGCCAGCGUCGAUCCGUGCGCGUCGAGACAGCCUCGAUGCUGAUGAAGCAGUGCCGUGGCGCGAGGGCACCGGCGAGAUUGCCCAACCGUGCUCGCCGCCUCAGCAACGCUCGCUGCCCCUACCGGGCUCUCUGCCCCACCACCCAUGCCCGCCGAGCAGCCCCGCGAGCUGUCCACAAAGCGUCGGCCAGAGCAGCCCCGAGGCGCGCAUCCAGGCAAAGCACUCGCCACGCCUGCAGCAGCAACAGCUGAGCAACAACAGCACAGCCACCGUAAACCCGCUGCUGCAGGUCCUCCUCGCCGACGACGCCAUGUCCCCACGCGCAUCGACCGAGGACACCGCCAACGACUUUCUCGAGACGGUCCUCUUUGAGAAGCCAGCCACACUCUCGCCCCCCGGCAGUGCCGAUGACGUCGACGGCCUGGGCCUGGGCCACGGCGGCGGCGGCGGCGGCGGGCAGGCCCAGGGCGUGGACCACAUUUUGGAUCUCAGUCACAUCGAGGACGGCCGUAAUGACUGCUGCUUCACAAGGCACUCGAUUCUCAGGUCGCGCUUCAGCGUCAGCGACAGCCCUGCGAGCGAGGACGAGGACGAAGACGAGGAGGAGGAAGACGAGGAGGAGGAAGAAGAUGAUGAUGAUGAGGGAGGAGAAGAGAAAAACGAGGACGACGAUAAGAUGGAGAACGGGAACAAGGACGAUGCUGAAGCAAUGAGGUCGAGCACAGAUUCCGAGGCGCGCGCAUACAAGGCGACUGCGACGAGUACCGUGACGCCAUCGGACGACGGUGACGGCCGCAGGUUCGAGGUGACCGGGGUGCGCACCCGCCAGCGUGGGCCAGGAGAGGCACCCGCGAUCGUACUCGACAUCAAGGUCACCGUCAAAAUGGGAGAAGGGAGGCCGCCACGGGUCUUUGCCGGCUCGACGGAGCUCGAAAGGAGAGAUGUGGCGACGAUCAUGUCGUCCAUGGCCCUUGUCCCCCGUCCCGUCGUCUCUGCGGCGUCACGCUCCCUCUCCGGCGACGACGCGGGCUCUCAGGACGCGACACCCACCAGCCGUGUCAUGACGCGCGACUCGAGUGCGAGCGCCUCGAGCGCAGGCGGAUCAGUCGGUCUACGCCCUCUGCUUCUUGGCUCCAGGAGCUCGCUCUCGUUCAGAAGCCCUGCACUCGGCUUUGACACCAUCUCACGGAGGGGUUCCGUGUCGGCACCGCCGAGCAAGACGACGGGCAUGCUCCAGGCGCAAACUCAGGCUCAGGCUCAGGCUCCAGCUCAGGCCCAGAACAACGGACAAGAAGGUACGGUAUCAGCCAUCAACAGCCCGAGGAGGUCCAUGUCCUCACCCUUCCUCAUGACAUACAAGGUAUCUACCGAUCCCACCACGCUGCGACAAUAUCAGACUCAGCCAGCUGCUCAACGGCCACCAGCACCGCCUCCAACGCCAGCUCCAGCUCCACCGCCACCACCAACGCCGCCGCCGCCGAUCCUGGUGCCCACAGCCACAUACCCGUGCUCGUCCUUGUCUUCUGGCUCCCCUUCCUCGUCGUCGCAUUCCUCCUCCUGUUCCUCUACAUCCUCGUCGUCGCUUCCUCCAGCACGGCUCCCCUUCCCACAGACGCCCACCUCGGCCUCGCUCCCGGAGCUGGAAGAGGAGGAAGAGGAAGGCGAGGCACCGAAAUAGAAAGACGCCUUUCCUUUCCCCUCCUCUUCCCUCCCCUCUGUGUGUCCCUCAACAAAAUGUAUGUCCGGGCGAGUUUGUCAUGUCAUGUAUCUUAGCGCAUACCUAUCUACAGUUGGUCUUCCCUCUCCUCUCCCUCUUUUCGUCGUCGUCG